AUGGAGAUGAUGGAAAUGAGGGAUGAUGGUGGAGAUAGUGAUGGUGUAGGUGGUGGUGAAGGUAGUGAUGAUGAUGAUGGUGCUGCUGAUGGUGGUGUUGGUGUUGGUAAUGGUGGUGAUGAUAGUAGUGGUGGUUUUGGUGUUGCUCAUGUGUCCCUGGACAGAGUCCAGCUCUGUGCUGGUGCUGAGGAAACCCAGGAGCAGGAGGAUGACUUGGCCGAGUUGGCCUCCCAGCAGUACUUUGUGGACUACGGCUCCGAGAUGAUCCUGGAGCGCCUGCUGAACCUCGUGCCCACCUACAUCCCUGACCGCGAGAUCACGCCUCUGAGGACGCUGGAGAAGUGGGCCCAGCUGGCCAUUGCUGCCCACAAGAAGGGGAUUUAUGCCCAGAGGAGAACUGAUGCCCAGAAGGUCAAAGAGGAUGUGGUCAACUAUGCCCGCUUCAAGUGGCCCUUGCUCUUCUCCAGGUUUUACGAAGCCUACAAGUUCUCAGGCCCCAGCCUCCCUAAGAACGACGUCAUUGUGGCUGUCAACUGGACGGGCGUCUACUUCGUGGACGAGCAGGAGCAGGUGCUUCUGGAGCUGUCCUUCCCCGAGAUCAUGGCCGUGUCCAGCAGUAGGGGAGCGAAACUGGUAGCCCCCAGCUUUACGCUGGCCACCAUCAAGGGGGAUGAGUACACCUUCACCUCCAGCAAUGCUGAGGACAUCCGUGACCUGGUGGUCACCUUCCUGGAGGGGCUCCGAAAGAGGUCUAAGUAUGUGGUGGCCCUGCAGGACAACCCCAGCCCUGCGGGCGAGGAGUCAGGCUUCCUCAGCUUUGCCAAGGGGGACCUCAUCAUCCUGGACCAUGACACAGGAGAGCAGGUCAUGAACUCAGGCUGGGCCAACGGCAUCAAUGAGAGGACCAAGCAGCGUGGGGACUUCCCCACCGACUGCGUGUAUGUCAUGCCCACUGUCACCAUGCCACCGCGGGAGAUUGUGGCCCUGGUCACCAUGACCCCCGACCAGAGGCAGGACGUUAUCCGGCUCUUGCAGCUGCGAACAGCAGAGCCUGAGGUGCGCGCCAAGCCCUACACGCUGGAGGAAUUUUCCUACGACUACUUCAGGCCCCCACCCAAGCACACGCUGAGCCGCGUGAUGGUGUCCAAGACCCGCGGCAAAGACCGGCUGUGGAGCCACACGCGGGAGCCGCUCAAGCAGGCGCUGCUGAAGAAGAUCCUGGGCAGCGAGGAGCUCUCGCAGGAGGCCUGCAUGGCCUUCAUCGCCGUGCUCAAGUACAUGGGUGACUACCCGUCCAAGAGGAUGCGCUCCGUCAAUGAGCUCACAGACCAGAUCUUCGAGGGUGCCCUGAAGGCUGAGCCCCUCAAGGACGAGGUGUACGUGCAGAUCCUGAAGCAGCUGACUGACAACCACAUCAGGUAUAGUGAGGAGCGGGGCUGGGAGCUGCUCUGGCUGUGCACGGGGCUCUUCCCGCCCAGCAACAUCCUCCUGCCACACGUGCAGCGCUUCCUGCAGUCCCGCAAGCCCUGCCCACUCGCCAUUGACUGCCUGCAGCGGCUCCAGAAAGCCCUAAGAAACGGGUCCCGGAAGUACCCCCCGCACCUGGUGGAGGUGGAGGCCAUCCAGCACAAAACCACCCAGAUUUUCCACAAGGUCUACUUUCCCGAUGACACGGACGAGGCCUUCGAGGUGGAGUCCAGCACUAAGGCCAAGGACUUCUGCCAGAACAUCGCUGCCCGGCUUCUCCUCAAGUCCUCCGAGGGAUUCAGCCUCUUCGUCAAAAUUGCAGAUAAGGUCCUCAGCGUCCCUGAGAAUGACUUCUUCUUCGACUUUGUACGACACCUGACGGACUGGAUAAAGAAAGCACGGCCCGUCAAGGAUGGAAUCGUGCCCUCGCUCACCUACCAAGUGUUCUUCAUGAAGAAGCUGUGGACCACCACGGUGCCAGGGAAGGACCCCAUGGCCGAUUCCAUCUUCCACUAUUACCAGGAGCUGCCCAAGUAUCUCCGAGGCUACCACAAGUGCACGCGGGAGGAAGUGCUGCAGCUGGGGGCACUCAUCUACAGGGCCAAGUUUGAGGAGGACAAGUCCUACUUCCCCAGUAUCCCCAAGCUUCUACGGGAGCUGGUGCCCCAGGACCUCAUCCGGCAGAUCUCACCUGACGACUGGAAGCGGUCCAUCGUCGCCUAUUUCAACAAGCAUGCAGGGAAGUCCAAGGAGGAGGCCAAGCUGGCCUUCCUGAAGCUCAUCUUCAAGUGGCCCACCUUCGGCUCAGCCUUCUUCGAGGUGAAGCAAACUACAGAGCCAAACUUUCCUGAGAUUCUCCUAAUUGCCAUCAACAAGUAUGGGGUCAGCCUCAUUGAUCCCAGAACCAAGGACAUCUUGACCACUCACCCGUUCACCAAGAUCUCCAACUGGAGCAGCGGCAACACCUACUUCCACAUCACCAUUGGGAACCUGGUGCGCGGGAGCAAACUUCUCUGUGAGACGUCACUGGGCUACAAGAUGGAUGACCUCCUGACUUCCUAUAUUAGCCAGAUGCUUACGGCCAUGAGCAAACAGCGGGGCUCCAGGAGUGGCAAGUGAACAGUGGGGAGGCGGUGCUGGCUCUGUGCCUGCUCUCUAGGCAGCAGCUGGCUCGGGACCAUCAGCUACCUCUGCAGCCGGGGGAAGACCUCUGCCAUCGAGGCAGGGAGGCUGGGCCGGCUGGCCACCACUGACCGUACCAUCGUGGCCUCUGACCCUUCUUCCGGUGCAGCGGCUUCGCCGGGAUGCAGAACUCCCCUCCGUCCACCCCUGAAGCACCCGGUUGGUUCUAGUCCUGGCUUGCUGUGGCCUUCCCAGUUGUAAAACCCUGUGCUCCUUGGAUGCCGUUCUUAUCUCAGACUAGCCCUACUAUGUGACUUCUUUUGACUUUCUGUGCGCCACCAGGAAAGGUAACCAAGAGGACUACCUAGUUCUUCAGGCUGGGAACAACCAAACCAAGAUUGUUCUGAAGCCUAAGGGACUGGCUUAAUUCCCCUAAGUCCAGGAGCCUCAGCUGGGGUGAGGGAGACAGACCACGUUUAUAUAUUACAGUGUGAGUGAGUGCUGAGCCCCUGCUCGAGGCUCCCCUGAUCACCUCAGGCAUAAAGCAUGUGUUCCAUCUUCUGGCCCUGUAGUGUCUUUGCU